AUGAGCUUCUUGCUGGAGCGUUCCCGUCUGGCGGCUGUUUUCCGCCGCCUGUAUCGUCUACCCGCUCUCCUCGUGGGUCUAUUCCGGUGGCUAUUCCCUUGGGCGCCCAUUUGGAACCUCUGGGCAGGAUUGCAAUCACAGGCCUACUCGAGCCACACAAAGUCCAGUACAGUCCCCGCUCGGCUGGUGAAGGACAGCCUCCGUAUAUCCACAUACGGCGAUGCCACCCGAGCGCUGCGAACCCACGACGGUGGCUGUCGUGGGUGCCGGGCGGAGGACGAGAAGGAGGUUUGUGCGGUGUGCCUGAGAACACUCAGGAGCGAGGACAGGGUGAGGAUGCUCAGGAACUGCCGCCACGUCUACCACCGACGAUGCCUCGACCGGUGGCUCGACUACGACGAGCAGAGGACCUGCCCUCUCUGCAGGGCCCCGCUCCUUUUCGUUGACCCUAACCGGCCACCGCAAGAGCGUCGUCCGGCGGAGCGCACCCUGGCCUCGGAGCCGAGCUGGGCCGUGGAGCAGCUACUCUAUCUGUCCGGGGACGACCUGCUGCCGAAUGCACCGCUGCGCCAUUCCCCCUCUCCUUACGCCUAG